GUCCCCCGCUUCAAGUUCCCUCUCGAGUUCCCCUUUCAAAGUCUCCUCUCGAGUUCCCUCUCGAGUUCCUCCUCGAGACUCCUUUCGAGUUCCCUCUCUUAAGUCCCUACCCAAUGUGCUGGUCCCGUUGGAGGCCCCGCCGACUACUCUUCUGCCGGGGGUCCUGCCAACCCUAUGCCCUCGUGCCGUUUGAGGCCCCCGCGACUACUCUUCUGCGGGGGUCCUGGCAACCCUAUGUCCUGUGCCGUUGGAGGCCCCGCCGACUACUCUUCUGCUGGGGGUCCCUGCCAACCCUAUGCCCUGUGCCGUUGGAGGCCCUGCCGACUUACUCUUCUGCCGGGGGUCCAGCCAAUCCUAUGUUCUGUGCCGUUGGAGGCCCCGCCGACUACUCCUUCUGCCGGGGGUCCUGCCAGCCCUAUGUCCUGUGCAGUUGGAGGUCCCAACCGACACCUGUUUCGUCGGGGGGUCCUGCCAACUCCAUGUCCUGUCCCGUUGGGGAUCCCGCCGACUGCUCUUCUGCCGGGGGUCCUGCCAACCCUAUGUCCUGUUCCGUCCAGGGUCUCGUCUACGCCGGACCCGUCAGAGAUUCCACCAACUACUGCCUUGACCCCGGGCCGUCCGCCCGAGGACUCCAUCAUGGACUCCGCCUUGCCCCCGGGCCGUCCAUUAGUGGCAGCCGGCUUAAUUACCGGCUCUGCUUCCUCCGAGGCUCUCGCGGAGCAGACCAGGAGCGGGGGAGCCUCACGCCGAAGGGCGAGUUUGACGCCAAGGCGGUUGCUGUGGGCGUCUCUCCGCUUGCGGCCUCCUGUGGCCGGCGUAGACGCCGCGGCUGCUGCAGGCGUUGGUGCCGCUGUGGGCGCUCAGCAGGCUGGAGCCAGCUGACAUGCUGGCGAAUGCCGUCCGCUUGUUACGUGGCCGUCUUCAUGGACUCCACCAUGGCUUGGAACUGGGGUCCGAACAGCCCAUUCGGGCUGAUUGGAGCGUCCAGUAGCACUUUUCUGGCCGUCUCCGUAACGGACGCCUGCUGCCUCUGGCGCUGGAUCUGUGUCACCCAGGCGGAAAUCCUCGCCUGGGAGACAGCGACGGACGCGCACAGAGUUCAUCUGCUGGCCACCUUGCUGGUUUCCUCUGCCUCGUAA